AUGCGCAGUGGUUCGAAACCCAUAGUAGACCUAAAGGUACGGGCGAAAAGUGGCUGUCAUUAUCUUGAGGUUUGCUGCCAUCCAGACGAUAUGCUACCUCCAAUGAACGGUUCGAUUCCUUUAGGGUACAAGCAAUGCGGCAUUGGCAAUGUUGGUGGCAUUUUUAUGGAUUUAAUAGGUGGUCGUCUGGAGACAAGCCUCGCCGAAUACCUUUACAUGGUAGCGAUUCUGGAUACUGUGGUUCUCAUAAAGGCUGGUGAUUGGGAUCUGUCAACUGAUAGCGAGUUCGUGCCUCACGUGGACCGUGGUGUCCGGUAUCGAAUUGUUCAUCAGCAAUUUAAUUGGGAUUCUAUAAAAAACAACAUUGCCCUAUUGGUCCUUGUCGAGCAGUUUCCUCGGGUCCAGCAUAUAAUACCCAUAUGUCUGGACCACAACGGAGUGGAUCUGGAUUACGACAACUGCUUUGUCACCGUGUUAACUGCUAUUCCCCGACCGGAGCAGCCCAUGUAUACCAAAGGUGCUCCUCUAGUUUGUCCCACCGAGAGCAGUAGGUACUAUGUGGUUGGCGCCUGGAGCACCAGCCUUAAUGGAGCAAUUCAAUUCACCGAUAUAAGAAAACUCAAGGAAUGGAUUCAUCGGGAGUUGCAACUGUACAAUAUUGUACUUUAA